AUGGGUGCGGAAGAAGACCUGGGGAAGACAAUCACCAUCGAGAAUACCAAUAUCCCAUCUGCUACGUCUGAAGAUUCAGAGCCGGUCUUUGAUACUGCCCGGUCAUGGGUGCAAGUGAUCGGGGCCUUCUUCUGCUUCUUUAAUUCAUGGGGCGUUAUCAAUACCUGGGGUGCCUUUCAAACAUACUACGAGCAGACGCUGCUGUCAAACAUGUCUUCGUCUGAUAUCGCCUGGGUCGGAUCGUUGCAGUCGUUUCUUCUCAUGUUCUUUGGCGUCGUGACGGGGCCAUUAUUUGAUGCUGGCUACUUCCAUGAGAUGCUCUGCUUUGGCUCCGUCAUGCUUCCAUUCGGCUUGAUGAUGACCAGUCUCUCUUCCAAAUUCUGGCACAUAAUGCUAGCUCAAGGAAUCUGCAUCGGCCUGGGCACCGCAUGCCUCUUUGUCCCGUCUGUUGCCGUCCUGCCACAGUACUUCAAGCGAAAAAGAGCGCUGGCCAACGGCGUUGCAGCCAGUGGCAGUAGUAUCGGCGGUGUUAUCUAUCCCAUCAUGUUCCGUCAAGUGCAGAGAAGAGCCGGAUUCCCCUGGGCAACCCGUGCAGUAGGAUUCCUUGCUCUGGGCACCUCCUUUGUUUCCCUGAGUCUUAUGCGAAUGCGCUUCAAACCCACCGAAAAGCGCAAGUUGGUCCAGCUCUCUGCCUUUCGGGAGCCGGCCUUCGUACUCUUCUCCACGGCCAUGUUCUUUGGCUUCCUAGGCUUCUACAACUUCCUCGUAUACGUCCAGUCGUACGCCAUUGAAACAGGAAUCGUCGACGAGCAUCUCGGAUUCUACCUCCUAUCUAUGCUGAACGCGGCCUCGACAUUUGGCCGCAUCAUCCCCAAUUUAAUCGCAGACGACACCGGGCCACUGAACAUACUCACGCCCGCCGCAUCAAUCACGGGCAUCCUAGCCUUUGUCUGGAUUGGUGUCCACACUGUCGCCGGCAUCAUCGUUCUGGCCGUGCUGUAUGGGCUCUUCUCCGGCGGUUUCGUUUCCCUGCCGCCUGUGGUGAUGAUCACCCUGACAAAAGAUAUACGCGAUCUUGGGACUCGACUGGGCAUGGUAUUUGGGAUUACAGCGUUCGGUCUGCUGAUUGGUACCCCCAUUGGCGGCGCCAUCCUAAACAGCUCUCACAAGUUCCUGGGGGUUCAGUUGUUUACAGGUUGCUGUCUUGCCACGUCGUCCAUUCUCUUCGCGACAAUCCGAUUUUUGCGUACUGGACCGCGGUUGCUAGUCAAGACGUGAGUUGGGGUCUCCUUUUGCAUGCUCUUCACGAUCUUCGACAAUUGGUCUACAUGGCCCUCGGCUAUGAUUCCGAGUAAUAAUAUCACAAAAGUUCUGUUAUUUUUCUCGGCAUUUUCAUGACGUAUUGAACAGUGUUCUGGGUGUCUGCAGAGCAUAGGAUUAGCAUGGCUGG